UGACGUGUGAAAUGGGUGUGGACUACUACACCAAAGGGCACAAGAUCAAGAGCAGCAGCUCAGCACGUUAGUGAGUUCGAAGAAGCUUUUCCUAGAGGUCCUUUGAAAAGCAGACGGAAUGAGUCAGUUGGCGGCCACAGUGGAGCCUCUGGCCGCGGUCAAGUCGAAGACGAUGCGUUCCCGGAAGCGCAGACAGCGCCGGAGACGGCAGAUAGCCUAUUUGGCCAUAUGUGGACUGAGUGUAGCCAUCUUUGGCUUUGCGCUGGCCACGCUAAUCAGGCCGGCAACCGCCCAGGCUGAUGAUGAGACCCCGGGCGAAUGGCGCAAGGGGUAUGUGGGCCAUGGCACCACGCACGAACAACUCGGGCAGCCCCAUUGGCCACCCGUGGAGUACACCAUGUACAGGCCGACGACGAACUACACAAAGGAACCACCACCACCCACGUCGGCCAUGAACUCCAUAUUCAAUUUCACGCACUUUCUGUACGACAAGGUCCUCUACCGGGAUGAGCCCAUUCCAGAGGGCUACAUUGUGGUAAGGAACUCGGACACAUUAACCCUGGGCCCCAAGGUGGAGGAGAAUGACUGGCGGGAUCUGUUGGCCCACUAUUGGAUGGUCCUCAUCUGGGUUUUUAUUCUCGUGGUGCUCAUUAUUAUCAUACCGUUUAUUGCCGUUUGCUAUUGCUGCUUCUGUUGCUGCCGACGAUGUCGACAGGGCUGUCCUCCAUGUACCAGUAAACAGGAUGCCCAGCGGCGCUUCUGCUGCGGCAUCUGUCUGCUGAUCCUCAUCAUUGGACUGAUCUUUGGCAUCAUUAUCGCCUUUGUUACCAACAAAAUGAUUGACAGCGGAUUUGCCGAGACUUCCGAGACCAUGAAGCGCGGCAGCGAGGAUACUUGCACUUAUCUGAAGGAUGUGGCCGAUCACGUUUACCAUCUGAUGAUGUACAACUACGAGGAGAUGGAGACCCAUGUGCUUGAUCAGCUAACCCAUGCCCAUCGGCACAUAUUUUUGGAUCUCUCCGACACUUCGGAGAGUAAUUCACUGGCCGAAUUGGAGCGGGUCUUGGAGAACAUGCCCGAGGCUCUAGAGCUAAUGAGACAGGUGGAGAAAAUGGAAAAGGAUCUGCGGUUCUAUGGCUCACAGUUGAGAGAUGGUGUUCGCGGCAUUAAGCGUGAUGUGAACUUUGCAGUGGCCAAUCUCUGUCAACUCCAGAUGUGUCAGAAGUUCCUGCUCAGCAGCGAUAUAGAGCAUAUUGAUACCUCGCAGUGUCUGCACUUCGACAGUCUGCCAAACACAACUGCCUUUGUGGAGGGAAUGGAGAAUAUAGUUGAGCACAAGUAUUAUGUUAUACCGCAACGUGGACUGGCGCGACUGAAGAAAGUUAGCGACAAGGUGAAGACGCAGUUGUCCUUCGUCGUACCGCCCAUGAUGCGGGACUUGACCAAGGGCAGGACCGUCUUCCGCGAGCAUGCGACGAAAGUGCGCCACGUUGUGGAGGGAGUACUCAGUGAUAUACACAUCAAGACCCUGCACUCGACCAAGUCGUUUGAGGAUGUUUACGAACGCUUCGGCCACGAUAGGAACAUUGUCAGUCUGAUUGUGUGCUUGCUCAUACUGCUGGUACUUUUCAUACUGAUCUUUGCCCUACUAUGCGGCUGCUUUGGGCGACGACGAACUGGUUACGGCGAUGAGUGCUGCAGCAAGUCCACCGGUGCCACAUGUCUGCUUUUAGCCAUCCUGUUGAUAUUCUGCGUCUUCUCCUUCAUCGCCCUGGUUGGUCUGUUCUACUUCAUGCUCGGCAUGGUGACCUACCAGGGUGCCUGUGCUCCGCUGAGGGAUCAGGAGAACAACACCCUCUUCCGACAGCUGGACGCCUCGAUUGAUCUGCAUCACUACCUGCCGGCCAGCGAGGGAUCCAAGGCUGUGGCGGAGCCCAUGAAAAUGUCGAGUGCCAUCAAGGCGUGCCAUGCCAACCAGACCAUCUUCGAGAUGAUGCGAGACAACAACAUAUACGACAUUAACGAUCUGGCGCGCAUCAAGGUUAUGACCAAUGCAAAGGACGAUCCAGAUACCGUCAAGAUCUUCGAUGAGGAUCUCUCCGGUGUGAUACUCUUGACGCAGGAGGAGCGCGCGGAUCUGAACGCUGCGCGCGAAAAUACUCUUUCCAAGUACCACAGCUCGCUGUACCAGACCCAUCUUUGCUCGCAGUUCACGCCCAUGAAUCUAAACGCCCUGUCCGAGCAGCUGUACAAGAUCUCGAAUGAUCUGGAGUAUCCGGCCUACGGAUGGGCCAAGGUGUCCUUCUGGAACGAGGGCCUCAACACCAAGGCCUUCUAUCGCAACUUUGUGCCCAAGCUCACGAGUCUGGUGGAGAGGAUGAAGACCAAUCUAAAGAGAAUCGACGAGCUUAUCACCUACGAGAACCACGACUUUACCAACACCAUUAAAAUUUUGACUGCCACGGCAGUUAGUUCCGAGGAGUUCAUCCAGAAGCGAGGCAAGGAUUAUAUCAAUAGCCUGGGAGGCAACUUGACGACGACCAUUGACCAGAUGAUAGAGGACUACAUCGAUAUGAUUAUAAAGGAGGCCAACGAAAGUGUGGGACACUGUGCGCCCCUAUCGUAUAUAUAUUAUCGUGGCGUAGACUUGAUUUGCCACCGCCUCGUGGAUCCCAUUAAUGGAUUCUGGGUGGGCAUCCUGCUGUGCGCCCUGCUCUUCCUGCCCAUCCUGUUCGUGGCCCACCGCCUGAUGUGCCUGUACAAGAAGAUCUAUCCCUACCUGGCUACCGUUGGAGCUGCUGGCGUCGUCGAGGGCGGCAGCGACUAUCUGUACGACGCUUAUAGUGAGCGCGAGCGCGAACAUGUACCAUUGGCAAACGUUCCCAAAAAGCGUCGCAAGGCCUACGAGCGGAGACGCGAGCAGCAGGAUUACUACGAGGACGCCUCGCCCAGCGUUUCGCGGGGCAAUCGUUCUGGCGGAGAUCGCGGAGGCGGCGGCGGCGGGGAUGGAGCUCCGGGCAGCAGCAGCAUGCGCUACAACGAUAUGGCGCCCACGCACUGGGACCACGAGCCACCACGCUACCACAAUCCACCGGCUGCGCCGCCAUCCUCGGAGUACGAGCGUCCGCCGCCCUACUACUAUCCCGGUGCCUCCGAGCAGGAUUAGACGAAAGGAGUCGAGAAGUGGCAACAUGGAUGAUUUUAUUUUGAACCCCAAGCGCCCACUACUGCCCCCCGUUUAUACCCCCUUAUGUACCCCCUACUGAGACUGUACUUUUAGUUAAAAGCGUAAACAAGAAGAAAGAAAAAGAUAACUGAAAUUAUAUAAUUUAAUUAAGUAGUAUUGUA